GAAAAAUCGCAGUGUAAAGAGACUUGGACUGAUGUUUGCAUUCUGUGUUCACUCUAUCCUUGAAGGACUGGCUAGUGGUUUACAGCCUACUACCGCAAAGGUUUUGCUGUUAUUAGCAGCUAUUAGCUGUCACAAGCUGGUGGUAACUUUCUGUCUGGGUGCAGAACUACUGAGCGACAACACCAGUCAUGCAUCGUAUCUCCUGUCUCUCUCGCUCUAUGCACUUACCUCUGGCCUGGGAAUUGCCAUUGGAAUGUUCAUACAACCUUCCGAAUCACCAGUGAUACCCUUACUACAGGUAUAUUGCAGGAACGCGCUAAUCUCAAACUGCAAGAAGCUCU